AUGGAAGCUACUUACCUUGAUCGUCCACUAUUGGAGUACCUUCAAAGUAAACGCCACUUGGACGACUUCAUUUCUCGCGUUGUGGUGAACUGUCUUGCGCUCGCCAACAAUACGAUAACUCUGCGAAAUGCCCUUCCCCGUUUUGCGCGUCUAAUUGCCUCAACGAAUCGUGUAGGCUCCUUCCCUCUUCUCUGGCCCCUCUUCGGCUGUGGAGAAUUACCUCAGUCAUUCUGCAGGUUAGCCGCUUGUCUCCAGCCAACUUUACUUUGUAGAAUGUGCGCGGUGUUCUCGGGCACUUAUUGUUUGGGCAGAACCAUCACUUCAGUUAGACACAAUUUGAAUAACCAUGGUCGACGCUACCGUCUCAGCCUUUCUACCGGUGAAGUGGUGUCCACUUCCUGCCUUCUUAUUGGUGCAGAGCAGGCGCCUAGUGAUUGGCUGAUACCACAAAUUAGUCGAUGGAUCGCACGGUCGAUUUUGGUGACAGUGGGCUCCCUCUACCCAUCCGGCCAUGAGCCUCAUGAUGUCACAUUGAUGCCGAUACUGCUCCCAACAGCGAUCUCUGCUGAACCAGGUUUCCUUCUAGAGAUCCCCGUGGAAAAAUCCAACGGAAAUGUGGAGCUAUUCGUAGUUCACCUCUCCGCCUUCUGCGACAACUGCGUGGACGCGGCGGAGAUUUUCGCACCUUCAAUCAACCUCCUCUACUCCACUGAUACGGAAGCUCCUGAAAAACCUCGUAUUCUGUGGAAUUGCUUCUUUACUCUACCUGAUCUCUCCAACGUAGCCUGUCGAACUCUUGGACGCGACUACGAACUUGGUGAGGAGGGGAUUUUUGUUGUUCCCGGUCUUGAUGCUUCCAUGUUCAUGGACAAAGCUGUUUCUGAGGCGGCAUCCAUAUUCCACGAAGCAUUCUCGUUAGUACGGCACAGUGGAACACCAUCUGAGAGCGUUUCACAGGAGGGUGAAACUCCAACUGCCGUUUCUGCGUUCUUGGUGUCGUUGGAACAGCAUUGGGACGGUGUCUUUCCUCCUCAACCCCCUCGACCUGAGGAACUUAUAUUUGUCGCAGAUCAGACACCGGCUUCUGCCGCUCCUACUGACUCACCCUCCACUACGCUUACUGCCGCGACCUCGGAUACUCCAACACCUACAUCAGCUCGUCCCAAUGUCGCCCCUAGUGGCCAUGGUGAUUGGAGUAUCGGCACAAUGGACAACACUGUGGGGGAAAGUGAAUUCACCACCGCUCUAGAUCCUUGA